CUUUCCUAGUGAGAGUUUUUUUGGAAUUUAGGUUACGAAACUCAUGUUCUCAUACAUUUUUUGAAAUUCUUUACAUUCAAAAAAGUCAUUCCAUAAAGGAGACUUACCUGCUCAUUUAUUUAUAUUGUUAUUGUGCGUUAUAUUCUACGAAAUAAUGGCUGUUGAACAAUUCUGUCUUAAGUGGAACAACUUUCAAACUACUCUCAUAAAUGCAUUUGGCAGCCUUCAGAAUACGGAAGAUCUAACGGAUGUAACAUUAACUUGUGAGGGAUUCAAAAUCAAAGCCCACAAAAUCAUUUUGUCAGCUUGCAGUCCGUACUUUAGAUCGAUCUUUAAAGAGAAUCCCUGCCCACAUCCAGUUGUUAUAUUAAAAGAUGUGUCGUACCAAGAUUUGAUUGCCGUACUGAAUUUCAUGUACCAAGGAGAAGUUUUAAUAACGCAGGAUAAGCUUAGUUCUUUUUUGCAAACUGCAGAAGCACUUCAGGUUUCCGGGCUUGUUGGCAAUAUGAUUUUACGCGAUGUUCCUAGUAAACCUAUGAAAGUUCUGCCACCUCCAGAACUUAAAACACCUAAACCAAAAACGAAGCACGAAGUCAUUUCAAAGACUUCAAAGCCAACAGAAAAAUGUGACACUAUUAUUAGUGACAGUAUAAAGGUUGAGAUUUCCGACGAUUUGCAAAGUGAUUACAAUUGCAAUGACAAGGUGGAUAUUUACGAUACAAGUGGCAUGCAGAAACUGCCAGGUUCUAUUUUGGAAGCAGCUUUAGAAGUACAGCCCAGCAUUUUAGAACGAUCCUUAACAUCUCAUUCGAGUCGAUCGCCUACUGUUCCUUAUCCCUUGGAAAAUGUUACAGUUGUCCAAGAAUCUCCACCCGAUCAUAUAGAAACGGAUAAAAAGGGCGUUAAACAUAAAAUAUUGGAGAGUGCACUGUCUCCAUUUCACACAGUUGAUGUUUCGUCAUACUUGCCUCAGCAAAAAGUGAUAAAGGUAGAUGAUACCCACCAAAAAGACGAUGAAGGAUCGAUGCAGGAACUACCUUGUGAUAUCUCUGUAUUAAGAACAACCCCUGAUAAUCAGCAGCCCCAUCACAGCUCACAAUGUGGUAAUUGUCCUCACUGCGGCAAGACUUACUCAAACCAAUCAGCUUUAAAGUAUCACGUCCGUCUUGUACAUUCGGACUUGACAAAUAUGUACUGUUGUCAUUUAUGUCCCGAGUCGUUUGACUAUCGAGAAGGUUACAAGAAACACAUGGUAGAGGCACAUAGUGUACGAAACUGACGGCACUUUUUCUAUUUUUACAAUAAAUUUUUUAAAAUAUUA